UCCUUCCGGAGGCGGGAGGUCAUAGCGUGGAGCAGCUCACCGCUGCCCGCUGCUGCGGCUGUGCUCUGCUCUGUUCUGCCGGAGGAGCGGAGGGCGCGGUGGGGCCGGUCUGCGCGCGCGCUGCCGGGGAAGGCACCGGGCGGCUCCGCCAUGUCCUACUGCAGGCAAGAAGGGAAAGACAGAAUUAUAUUUGCAACCAAGGAGGACCAUGAGACACCAAGCAGUGCUGAGCUGGUUGCAGAUGACCCAGACGACCCUUAUGAAGAACAAGGUUUGAUAUUGCCCAAUGGAGAUAUCAAUUGGAAUUGCCCAUGUCUGGGUGGAAUGGCUAGUGGUCCCUGUGGGGAACAGUUCAAGUCAGCCUUUUCUUGUUUCCACUAUAGUACAGAAGAAAUAAAGGGAUCAGACUGUGUGGACCAAUUCCGUGCCAUGCAGGAAUGCAUGCAAAAAUAUCCAGAUCUUUACCCUCAAGAGGAUGAAAAUGAAGAAGAAGAGAAGUCAAGCAAAGAUUUGGAAGCUACUCCUAUGGAGGCUUCUGCUGCCAAAGAGGAGAAGGGAUCUAGCUAAUGAAGAUGCAAGGAGGCUGUUGUCUCCAUUUCUCAUUUUCAGAGACAUGGACUUUUGCAGUAUGUCUGUCUUCUGAGUUGUCAAGAAAUGCUUCACCAUUGUUCUAUAUGCUGUAUCAUAGUAAAUAAUCUGUUGCUGAAGGAGAAAUCUCAGUGCUAGAGCCUUGCAAAUAAAUACUGGUAAAAACCAGGAGUUAUGUGUGCGUAAUGGAGUACUGUGUAACCUGCUAUCAGAAAGUUCAUACUUUUUAACAGCUAUUUUUUACUAAAGUUCUCCUUCAGAUUUGACAUGAAUAAUGUCUAAAUACAUAGCUUGCAACUAAAAUUCCACUAGCACACCAGGUCUGCCUUCAUUUCAUUAUGUUCUGAUCAGUAGCUGCUCUUUUUUAAUGUAUUCUGUUCUAUUAAUAGAAAUCGCAUUAAAUGAUUGUUUUACCUUAUUUUUUUUUCCAGAGUGAUACAGGACACUGAAAAUUAUGUCUAGAAUUUGUAAAAUAAUUUCAAAUGGUUUUAUUAGAUUAUGGUUGCAUUUUACUACUGACAUCAGGUGAGGACAGGCAGAAAAAUGCUGAAAUGCGUAUCUCCUUUGAUUUCAUUUAUUUAUUCUGAUGGCUUUUACAGUGUGUUGUGCAACCAUUGAUAAAGAUGAAUGGAAAGAAUGUUGGUCACUGACUUUAUUUUUGCUCUGAAACCACAAGUUUUGGGUUCCUUUAGUUAGUACGUGCUCCUUCGGUGUAUAGACAGGCUCUUGUAAAAAUACUUUGUGAAUACAAUGAAAAUGUUACCUCGUAUAAUGAUCUCAAAACCGAUACUGUGACUUAAGUGCAUAUUAAAAAGCAAAUACUUUUUACCUUCA